AUGGCAUCAACGGGCGGACAAGGUCCCCAGGCGAUGGCACCACAAUCUGGGCCUCCCUAUGCUCCCACAACAGCCCUCCUGGGCGGACACCCCACCGUCUCCCUCGAUGAUCCCAUCUGCGCGUGCCUGCUACUCCUGUUCAUCGCAGGCGCAGUCACGCACCUGACCAUAUUCAGGAUCAACCACAAGCGGGACCACAAGUUUGUCUUCUCAGCCCUGCUGUUCGGCUUCUGCAUGGCUCGAAUAACGACACUCGUCUUGCGCAUCGUCUGGGCCUCCAGGCCACGCAGUGUGAACAUCGCCAUUGCGGCAAACAUCUUCGUCCAGGCGGGUGUGCUACUCCUCUUCAUCGUCAACCUCAUCUUCGCACAGCGAAUCGUCAGGUCGUAUCACCCGCGCCUCGGGUGGUCGCGCGGGCUGAGCUUGGCCUUCAAGUUCCUGUACUUCUGCGUCGCCGCGAACCUCAUAAUGGUCAUCACCGCCACGGUCGACUCCUUCUUCACCCUGAACCAGCAAACUCGCCGCAUCGAUCGAGACAUCCAGCUCUUCGCGGGGACCUUCCUCGCUCUCCUCGCCUUCCUCCCUAUCCCCAUCACGCUUAUCGCCGUCGCCGCUCCCCGCGCCAACCACCGCCCGGAGAAGUUCGGCCAGGGCCGCCAGCGCACCAAGAUCUGGCUGCUCCUCUUCACGUCCACCAUCCUCGCCCUCGGCGCCGGCUUCCGCAUCGGCGUCAGCUACACCACGCCCCGGCCCGCCGCCGACCCGGCCUGGUACCACUCCAAGGCGUGCUUCUACUGCUUCAACUUCGUCAUCGAGCUGGUGGUCGUCUACGCCUACGCCGUCGCGCGCUUCGACAGGCGCUACCACGUCCCCGACGGCAGCAGCCGGCCCGGCCACUACUCGGGCGAGAGGGUGGGCGACAGCAGCAGGCUGGGGACGGCGAACGUUGCGACGAGCAGCCUGACGGUCAACCGGGAGAGCGACGUGUUCGGGGACGAGACCAUGCUCGACAGCCCGGCCGAGCAGAGCAGGAGGCAGAGCGAGUGGGAGGCCAAGGCACGGGAGGAGCUGGAGAAGGAGGCUAUCAGCGAUUCUGCGUAA